AUGGGCGAACGCCCUUUUUCCUGUUCAGACUGCGGCAAAUGCUUUGCUCGGAAAAAAAAGCUGAACCUACACCAGAAAAGUCACAGAAGCAACCAUAUAUUUACAUGUUUAGAGUGUGGGAAAUGUUUCAUCCACAAAGUGAAUCUUCUGAGACACCAGAAAAUUCAUACGAAUGAACAUCUUUUCGCCUGUUCGGAGUGCGGUAAAUGCUUCACUCGUAAAGGAUAUCUCCUUGACCACCUCAGAAUUCACACGGGGGAGCGUCCUUUUUCGUGUUCAGAGUGCGGGAAAUGUUUCAUUGAUAAAAAAGCACUUCUUACCCACCAGAGACAUCACACAGGCGAGCGCCCCUUCUCCUGUACGGAGUGCGGGAAGAGUUUCAUUCACAAAGAAUACCUCCACAACCACUGCAAAAUUCACACGGCAGAGCGUCGCUUCUCAUGCACAGAGUGCGGGAAAAGUUUCCUCUACAACAGAGACCUUAUCAUACACCGGAGAGUACACACGGGUGAGCGUCCCUUUUUAUGCGCAGAGUGCGGAAAAUGUUUUCCCUACAAAAGCGGACUCGUUGUACAUCAGAAAGUUCACACAGGCGAGCGCCCUUAUUCAUGCGCUGAGUGCGGAAAAUGUUUCAAUGAGAAAGGAGGCCUCCUUAAACAUAAAGGAGCUCAUACAGGAGAGCAUUCAUGGCCAUGUCCAGAGUGCGGGAAACGUUUCACUCAUAAAGGAAACCUUCUCAGACACCAGAGAAUUCACACGGGCGAGCGUCCAUUUUCAUGUUCAGAGUGCGGGAAAUCUUUCAUACAGAAAAUAAGCCUUCUUUUACACCAGAGAAGUCACACGGGUGAACGUCCUUUUUCAUGUUUAGAGUGUGGGAAAUGUUUUCAUGCGAAAAGCCUACUUCGUAGACACCAGAAAAUUCACACGGGUGAGCGACCUUUCUCGUGUUCACAGUGCGGGAAAAGUUUUUCCCAGAAAGGAGGUCUUCUUUCACACCAGAGAAGUCACACAGGCGAACGUCCUUUUUCGUGUUCGGAGUGCGGGAAGUGUUUUAAUCAGAGAAGCUUACUUCUCAGACACUUAAGAAUUCACACGGGUGAGCGACCUUUUUCGUGUUCAGAGUGCGGGAAAUGUUUCACUGUAAAAGCAAGACUUCUUACGCACCGGAGAAUUCACACUGGUGAGCGCCCUUUUUCAUGUUCAGAGUGUGAGAAGAGGUUCACUGUGAAGGCAAGACUUCUUAUACAUCAGAGAAUUCACAUGGGCGAGCGUCCUUUUUCGUGCUCAGAGUGCGGGAAAAGCUUUUCAGAGAAAAGUGUACUUCUUGUACACCAGAGGGUUCACACAGGCGAGCAGCCCUAUUUAUGUUCAGAGUGUGGGAAAUGUUUCAGUAGCAGAGGACAUCUUCUUAGACAUCAGAGAACUCACACGGGCGAGCGUCCUUAUUCCUGUUCUGAGUGCGGAAAAUGUUUCGCUCAAAAAGGAAGCCUUCUUGUGCACCAGAGAGUCCAUACGGGUGAGCGUCCUUUUUUGUGCGCGGAGUGCGGGAGAUGUUUUUCCGAGAAAAGCGUACUUCUUGUACACCAAAGAGUUCACACAGGCGAGCACCCUUUUGCGUGUUCAGAGUGUGGAAAAGGUUUCGCUCAGAAAGCGAACCUUCAUAAGCACUGGAGAAUUCACACGGGUGAGCGACCUUUCUCAUGUUCAGAGUGCGGGAAAUGUUUCACUCGAAAAGGAGGCCUUCUUAUACACCAGAGAAAUCACACAGGUGACCACCCCAUUUCAUGUUCUGAGUGCGGGAAAUCUUUUACUUAUGAAAGUUGUCUUCUUAGACAUCAGAAUGUUCACACAGGCGAGCGCCCCUAUCCAUGUUCAGAGUGCGGGAAAUGUUUUACUAACAAGCAAGGCCUUCUUCGACACCAGAGAAUUCACACAGGUGUGCGUCCUUUUUCAUGUUCUGAGUGCGGGAAAUGUUUUUCUAGGAAAUGCAUACUUCUUACACAUCAGAACGUUCACAAAGGCGAGCGUCCCUAUUCAUGUUCAGAGUGCGGGAAACGUUUCAAUCAGAAAGAAGGCCUUCUUGUACACCAGAGGGUACACACGGGUGAGCGCCCAUAUUCAUGUACAGAGUGCGGGAAAUGUUUUCGUGAGAAAGGAAGCCUUCUUAAGCACCAAAGAAUUCAUACAGGUGAGCUUCCUUUUUCAUGUUCUGAGUGCGGGAAGUGUUUUUCAACGAAAUGGAUACUUCUUAGACAUCAGAAAGUUCAUGCAGGCGAGAGUCCCUAUUCAUGUUCAGAGUGCGGGGAAUCUUUCAUUGACAAAGGAGAGAUUUCUAAACAUCAGAGAAUUCACAAGGGUGUGCAUCCUUAUUCAUGUUCAGAGUGCAGGAAAUGUUUCCAAAAGAAGGAUGAUCUUCUUAAACAUCAGAGAGUUCACACAGGUGAGCGGCCUUUCUCAUGUUUAAGGUGCGGGAAAUGUUUUACUCAAAAGGAAACCCUUCUUCAGCAUGAGAGAGUUCACACAGGUGAGCGCCCUUUCUCAUGUUCUGAGUGCGGGAAAUGUUUUACUCAGAAACGGAUACUUCGGAGGCACGAGAAAGUUCACACCGGCGAGCGUCCCUAUUCAUGUUCAGAGUGCGGGAAGUGUUGCAUUCUGAAAGUACAACUACUGAAACAUCAGAGAAUUCACACGGGUGAGCGACCUUUCUCGUGUUCAGAGUGCGGGAAACGUUUUCCACGAAAAGAAACCCUUCUUCACCACGAGAGAGUUCACACAGGUGAGCGCCCUUUCUCAUGCUCUGAGUGCAGGAAAUCCUUUUCUCAAAAACAGUCACUUCAGAGACACAAGACAGUUCACACAAGGAAACGUCCUUUUAAAUGUUCAGAGUGCGGGAAACGUUUUAAUGGGAAAAGCGAACUUUCUAAACACCUGCGAAUUCACACGGGCGAGCGACCUUUCUCUUGUUCAGAGUGCGGGAAAUGUUUCACUCAGAAAGUAAGCCUUCUUAUACACCAGAGAAUUCACACGGAUGAGCGUCCUUUUUCAUGUUAUCAGUGUGGGAAACGUUUUGGGUACAAAAGUUUACUGGUUAGACAUCAGAGAGUUCAUACAGGUGAGCGUCCCUAUUCAUGUCCAGAGUGCGGGAAAUGUUUCAUUGAGAAAAGAGAGCUUGUUAUACACCAAAGAGUUCACACGGGUGAGCGUCCUUUUUCGUGUGCUGAGUGUGGGAAGUGUUUUUCUACUAAAUGGAUACUUCUUACACAUCAAAUUCACACAGGUGAGCGCCCUUUUUCAUGUUCUGAGUGCAGGAAAUCUUUUUCUCAGAAACGGAUACUUCAGACACAUCAGAAAAUUCACAGGUGA